UGACGCAGCCUUUUAAAAAAAAAGUUGCGGAAUCGACCUGAAAUCCAGGCGUGGCUGCAGAAAACACGGAUAUUGUCUCUGCUUCACCCUGAAGAACAGGCAGCAUUCAACAUGGUUCAUGAGGUGGCAAAUCUGUGUGAGUUUGAGACCUGUCUGAAGGAUGCUGGAGACAAGCUGGUGUGGUGGACUUCACGGCCACCUGGUGUGGCCCCUGUCAGUACAUAGGGCCCAUUUUAAGAGACUGUCAGAGGAGCACAGAAAUGUGGUUUUCCUGAAGGUGGAUGUGGACGAAGCAGAAGAUGUGGCACAAAAGUAUGGCAUCAAUGCCAUGCCCACCUUCUUCUUCUUCAAAAAUGGAAACAAGAUUGAUUCCCUCACGGGUGCAGUGAAGAACAACUGAUAAAAAAACUGAAUCAACAUAAGUGAACGACUUCUGCCGUGCAUUCACGUGCAGCGUGCACAGUCUGCAGGUGCAUCUCCAGCAACUGGUUCCGCUACCAUGACAACGGCAAUCUCGGCAUGAAUUGGUGACAUCUUUCUGUUAUGUGCUGUAUCUCCAAUUAAAAUAUUACAGUAAAUGGG